CCGCAGUCGGCUACUUGAUAUCCCACCUCUGGUACCUGAUAUCUGAUAUCUGAUAUCUGCGCUCUGCCGUCGCUCAUACGCCCCGUCGGCCCGGUACGGAAAGUACGGAAAGCUCAGAAAGUGCGCCAACUUUGGGCUUAAAAUUUGAAAGUGCGGAAGGAUAGGCGUUGUCUGGCCUCUUCGGAGGAAACUGGCGCCACCCAACGACCUUGACAAAUGCGGAAUGCAGGCAAAAGCACAUAAAUUGUAAUUAAAAAAGGGCAAACAAAUUGAAAAAGAAGCAGAAGGAGGAAACAAGUAGAACUAUUUGAAAAAGCUGCAAAAGCAACAAAUAACUCGUAAAACUUUCUAGGCCAGCGAGCCAAGAAAAAAAGAGAAAGAAAAAAAGGAACGCACAUUUUUAUUUAUUAGUUGGCCGAACUUUUCGCAAAAUGCCAGCGGGUCGAGUGGCUGGCAAAGCCGGCUACUCCAAUCACUACUACAAUGGACGCUCGUACGUGGGCAUCAACGAGGAGAUCAUGUGGGUGAGCAUCGGGAUGGGCGUGACCAUAGUGCUCCUGAUCACGAUCGCCCUGUGCUACAUUGCCCGCGAGAAGUGCCAGAAGCGGCAGCGGGAGUACUACGUGACCGCAUAGUUGUUGUACGCGGCCUGCCAAACGACGGAGGAGCAGGAGGAGCAGCAGGAGCAGGGGACUCCCCCGGACCAGGUCAUCGCAAUGGAGGAGGGUGCUGGGAAGUCGGGCGGGGA